UCCAGGAAGUGACGUUGAGUUACGCGGGAGUGUGUGCGUGCUGACGUUCGCCGGGCUGUGGCAAACGAGCGCGUGGUGAACAUAAAAGAAACAUAAAUUCGCAUUUACAAAUACUGACAACGAAACGCACAUAGGAGGGAAAAAUUAUUUAAAGGAGCAGUUUUCGCAUUUAAAAAUUCCAUGGCAGGAACAUUUGAUCAGGCCAAAAUGAAAUUUUCGAGAAUAGUAAACAGUCGCUCGUACACCCGGUUCAAUCAAUCUCAGAAUCCUGAUGGAGAGAGCAGCCAUGUGGAGGUGAAGCUUGCUGUGGAUGGCGAGGAGGAAAUGGAUGGAACCGAACAAGAACACGUGCAACGAGACACGUACACAAGAUCCAGUCGUUCUAGGCCAUGGAACAAGUUGAGGAUUCUGGUUUGGGUGGGUGGAGUGCUGGCCAUCUUCUGUGUAGGUUUACUCAUUGGAUACUCUGUCCAACGCAAGUCCGAGUCUGCGUCCGUGUCUGCUUCCUGCCCUCCGGGAGAUGUGAUCCCUGACGCUGAAAAUUUUCCACCAAAUGAUCCACCUUCUUUGGAUUGGAGUGACCUUGUUGCACUUCUGAAUGAUAAAGUGUCAUCUAAAGCCAUUGCAGAAAAAUUAAGCACGUAUUCCCAGAAUGACCGUAAAGCAGGAUCAUCUGUAGAUAACAAGUUAGCUGAUGAUAUCUAUAAUAUUUUCACGCAACUGAAUAUGGACCCCUGGGUUGAUGAACACUAUGUGAAGCUACAGUUUCCUAACAGCUCCAAUCCAAACAAAGUGUUGUUUGGUGAAGUGGAGAUUGGAAGUCCAAAAGCGUUCCUGGCUUACAGUGAAACAGGACGUCAAGAGGGCAGAGUGGUGUACGCCAACUAUGGUGAGCUUUCUGACCUGCAGAAUAAAGAAUACAGACUGAAUUUAAAUGGAUCUGUUGUACUGAUGAGAGCUGGAAAAAUCAGCAUGGCUCAAAAGGUUAUGAAUGCAGCUAAAAUGGGUGCCGUGGCAGCUCUGAUCUACCCAGACCCAGCUGACUAUGAAUCUAUGUCUUCGGAUUCUGAACUUUAUGGUCAUGUCCACCUGGGAUCAGGUGAUCCUUACACCCCAGGAUUCCCAUCCUUUAAUCACACACAAUUUCCUCCUGCCAAGUCCUCUGGUCUUCCAGGAAUACUUGCCCAGACAAUCACUGCUAACAUGGCAAUCUCAAUCUUUAAACAAAUGGGAGGAGAAGAUGCUCCUAAAAAUUUUUGUGGUGACUUCUCCAGUUACAAGUUGGGAAGUGAGAGUGACAAAGUAACAGUAGCAGUUAAUAAUAAUCUUGCCGACACCAAGAUCCAUAAUGUGUUUGGAGUUGUCAAAGGAUACGUGGACCCUGAUCGUUACGUUGUGAUUGGAGCACAGAGAGACUCCUUGACCUCGGGUUAUGCCAAGUCUACAGUUGGCACUACUCUUCUGCUGGAGCUUGCAAGGGUUUUCACAGAGUUGAAGAAAGAUGGUUUCAGACCCAAAAGAAGUGUUGUGUUUGCCAGCUGGACUGCAGGGGAUUUUGGAAACGUCGGAGUUACUGAAUGGCUUGAGGGAUACUGGUCGUCACUGGACAGAAAAGCCUUUACUUACAUCAGUUUGGAUGGUGUUGUUACUGGUGCAGAAUCUUUUAGAGCUUCUGCCAGUCCUUUGUUGCACACCCUUCUGAAGAAGACCCUGGAAAAGGUCAAAAGUCCAGGGUCAAAUUCAAGCCUUCUCCAGCAUUAUGGUCAUGGUUUUUCAUCAGUUCUGACACCCAUGCAGAUGAAUGAUGGUGCAUAUCCUGUCCUGGCCUUCUCUGGAAUCCCAUCCGUUUCUUUCAGUUUCGUCUCUUCUCCGGAUAAACUGUUUUUAGGCACAAAUCUGGAUGAAAAGCAGCAUCUGGACCGCAUGACCAAUAAUAAAGUGGUUGAGUUGUCCGUGCUUGCUGCUCAGGUUGCUGGGCAGAUGGCCCUUCGGCUCGUCCAUGACCACAUCCUCAAACUAGAUGUUACCAAGUAUUCAAAUGUGAUCACUCAACACGUGAGCGCCAUCAUCAAGCGCGUUGACGCUCUCAAAAAUGACAAGGUCGAUGAAAUUGAGUCUUUGUCAACAAAGUGGCUGAAUGCAGCAAAGAGUUCCUACGGUCGUGCCGCAGCCUCUCUAAAUAUUGACAUAGGGAAUACUGACCUGGAUGACAUGGAGAUGUGUCGCAUAAUCAAUAACCGCAUAAUGAAGGUGGAGCAUAAUUUUCUCUCUCCGUACGUCUCUCUGAGAGAUGUCCCGUUCCGCCACAUUCUCUUUGGUAAUGGCUGGCAAACCGCCACAGACCUGGAAAAGUACUUGGGUGAUGUAGAAGAAAAUAAGACAAGCUUGAACAUGGAUGAGGUCCUAAACAAGUUCGCUCUACUCACCUGGACCAUCCAGGGCUGUGCUAAUGACCUGGCUGGAGAUAUCUGGGCCUUGGAUAACGAGAUCUAGAGUUUUUCACUGUCGCAUCAACCAACUUGUCAUCGGCUUUGCUUGAAAAAUAUUUCUAGAUACACAAAUAUAAUCCUGUCACUAUGAAGUAGAUCUGAUUUGAUUUGGAACAAUGAAUUUUGACUAAGCUUAUCUUCAAAAUUAAUAUGACAGCUUUAAAUUCUACUUUGGAAGUUCUUUAAUUGUAUUAAGAACUAUAGUGAGAAUACAUUUUCUUAUUGCAUUAUUUAUAUAUAUAUCUAUGUAAUAUAUUAUUAUUGCAGGACUAGGGAUAAAUACAAUAUUUAAUCGAUAAAGAAAUCGGAGCACAAGGUCAUCAACUUUGCUCCUUUGCAAAUUGUUCUAAGGUGCAUGUCAUUUCUGGUUUACCUUGAAAAUGUUUUUCUCAGCCAUGACUCCUUAUCAAGUUGCACAUGUGCGUAUUGAGUUAAUUUUGUCCUCGGCUGCUACUUGGGAAUUUUAGUCCCUUUUGCACUUCAUGUAAAACCCCAACUCAGCCUCUGUGACCAACUGAGGACCAUACUGUAUUUAUUUCUUAUUUAUUUAUCAGUGACAGUGUUCACUAUAAAAGUGUCUUUUUUAAAUUAUCGGAAGCAGUGCCUUCCAUAAUUGCGACGGUUAUACUGUCAGUUCUUAAAAGCAGCAUCUGCUAACAGAAAUACAUGUUACCAACAGCUGGCAUUAGAAAUGUCUCUUGUUACAGGUGCUUGAGGAAAUGAGCUCAAAAGCACCUGUUUUAAUAUUAUGGAGCAGUUCCUCUUCUUUAAAGUUUUUUUUGAAGAAAAGCCCGAAAUUGGUAAAAUUGAAACCAGAGCAUAAAGCCAUUUAACACCAUUGCCUGGUUAAAGGAUGGUUUUAUAAAUUUCCUUAUUAAAGUACCUUUUUUUUGUUGUUCUUGUUUAUCUGAAACAAUUAUAAAUUGGCAAGGCUAGUUUCCAUUUUGACCAAACUUGUGGGCUCGAGCAUUUUUGUGACAACAGCAUUUCUCUGUAACAUUUAUAUUUCUAUUCUAAAUCCAUUAUCGGGAGCAGUGUCUUCCAUAAUGUGGAGUGUUCGAAGGUAGUUUUUGCCUACCGGCGUGUAUAUAUCGAGGACAGUGAUCCUCAUAUUUCACUGUAGGGUGGAUCAAAUUAUCGGGAACAGUGUUUCCCAUAGUUUUGUAAAUAUUUAUUUUUCAUCGUGUUUUGUGUGGCUUCUUUUCCUGCUUUGUAAUAACUGUAAUCUGAACAACUAUUGAAGAUGUGCUACAUCCAGUCAUGCGUGUUUUGUUUUUCAGGGUCAGUUUCUUUUCAAUGUUUCACUGGGUUUAAGAUUUCACUUUUCUGGCCUGUUUCUGUUUCCAAAAAUUGAUAUUCGUCGUGAAAUUUAUAGAGGGGAACUUUCAGAUGUUUGACUUUUGGCUUAUUUCUGUACCGGUUCUAUUUUUUUCAUUUAAGGCAGGUGUUAGAAAAGAGGAUGUGGUUGUCUUGCUUAAUGAUUAGGAUAUGAUUUAUGACUGAUUGGCUUACUGCUGAUUUUACAUAAUGGUUUCAUGUUUGAAGGCAUUUCAGGCAAAGUUUUGGUGGACAAGUUUUGCAAAGUUUUCUUUUCUCCUCCUUUUGGCACUUACCAGAACGUUACAGAAUGUGUUCUGUCUUUCAUAGCAUGUAGACGUGCAUGAAAUAAAUCUAAACAUCACAGAUUGUGUUAAAUACAAAGUGUGUGUUUCAAGCUGAAUGUGAUGGCUAAAUAAAGUUAACUAGGCAUUUCAAUUUGUGUGAAUGAACUAUUACUUCUAGACAAGCAGGGUUUGAUUUACCAAAUGCAUAUUUAUCAAAAUUAAUAGGCGGUAAAAUUGAUCAUUCAGAUAUGUCGAGAUGUGUUGGAUUGUGGGGUUCCAAGUUAAAACAUUUGAUUGUUAGAAUUGACGUUUGUAUCCAAUAUCUGUCAACCUUUGCUCUAUAAUAAAAUCUGGCAUUGGGAAGUAUG